AUGAGCUCGCUUUCUAUCCUCAUGAAACAGCGCACACAGCACACAUUUCUUGGCAACGAUAGAAGCACAUUUAUUUCGAGAACGUCGUCGCACCGGGCUACGGUAUUAGCGUCCCCGUCACUCUCCUCCGCGUCCGAGACGCUGGAAGACUGGAUGUACUGGCAACGGGAUGCCAGCAAUGCGCACUGCUGGACGAAGGUGUACAGCGUGCUAGACAAUGAGUUUUUAUGGCUCUUUAAGGGCAACCAUUCGAGCAAGACGUUGUUCUUGCAGAUCGCUGUGUCUAGUGUCGAAGUGUCAGGCCAGCGACAGCUUCGGGUCGUUGACCCGAAUGGCGAAGAGAUGGAGCUCUGGCUGCUGGACGAGGACAGCUUUAGUAUGUGGUGCCAACGGCUCGAGGAAGCCGCUGCGCUUACGACGCAAUUCUUCCGUAUCACAGAGAUUGAAGCACGACGACUUCCCCGCAACAGUGCGUACCGCGGUAGUUUAGUCGCUUAUCGCCGCGCAAGUAAGCAAGCACGUUUUAAAGCCGUGAUUGAAUGGAUAAUGCAGUGGCGGCGGAAAGGUGUAAAGCUUGCGCGAUUAUCAUUGACGGCGAUUCCAUCACGGCGACAGAAACUGCAGCAGCGUGCUAGUGUCCGAUCAACCUGUAGUAAGACCACGAGCAGUAUGCGCUCGACAUUUGGUAGCCUUAGUAUGCUAUCGUCACUGUCCUCGGACUCGCUAUCGACGGCCACUAGCUCGUACGGCGGCCUCAUGGAAGACUAUGACGACUUGGACGAGGAGAUUGAGGAUAAGGCAGAGACAGAGGUCGACCAGUGCUCCGAACAGGGCUGGAUGUACUGGAAAAAGAGCGACGAUUCUUGGCUUAAAGUGUACGUGCGUCUGCGGAACGAGCUGCUGUGGCUCUCGAAGGGCGCACGCGACACGGUGGCCGUCGUUCAGAUUGCGGUCGCGGGUGUGCGAGUCACAGACAUCGGCGGCUUUAUCGCGCGAGGUCCCGCUGGCGAGAGCAUGGAGCUCUUCGCCUACGAACGCAAUCGCACGGGCGAGUGGACUGAUGCACUUUAUGUCGCCGCCCAGCGUACACAAUUGUACGAGCGCUCGGUGGCGGCCGAGUCGACGGAGACCGAGAUUACCCACCGAGAGACCAAGAAGGUGAAAGAAGUGUACACGGGUACUUUAAUUGCUUACAACAAGGAGCAGACCAAGUCUUCGUUAAAACGACGGCUUCGCGACGCGUGUCGACGACGAUUGGAGAAGUUUGUGGACCGCCUGGAUACUUCCAAGCGGUAG